AUGCUUUCACGUGUUUCUGCAGCUGUCAUGGCACUCCGCACACACAACUGUCGCCGCGUGACCGGAUCCAGCGGAAGGAGGAGGGAAGGAAGAGAGAGUGAGCCGCAGAGGCCCAACAUGUCCCGGCAUCCCUUCUAUUCCGCGGUGCUGCUCCUCGCCGUUGUGAUGAUGUGCUGCUGCAGUGGAGCUGCAUCCAGUCAGGACACGUCGCCAGCUUCAGGAUCUUCAAAGGGGAAAUUGUUUGAUUGGAGAGAUAAGAAGGGAGAAACAGUGAGUUCGCUCCGUGUUCCCAGUCUUGUUGAGGUGAAUGGUGAUGUGUUUGCCGUUGCCGAGGCGCAGUGCACGGGCACCGGAGAAUGCGUUUUUACUGGGAUUGCCUCGGAGCUUUUGGCUCUGACUGAUGAACCAUCAAAUGAGUUGGAUAUAAGUAAAUUGAAGACACAAUUUCUGGAGGAAUGUUCUUCCGGAGGAGAACAAUGCCCCUCCCAAACAGCAGUUCUGGCUGGCACUCAAAGAGUGAAGAAGGUACAUGUGAGCCGACCAACAACAGUCGUGCAGGGAAGUGAUAUUUACAUGCUUGCUGGAAACUACAGCUGGACAUAUGAGGAUAAGGCAGAUUCUGUGUUUCAAUGUGGACUCUUGCUGGUAAAAGGUAACAUUAACAAUGAGGAAGGCAGUACCAACAAAAGGAUCCUUUGGAAAGAUACUUACGAUCUCCCAUGGAUUUCUAACGGCAGACAGGAACAAUCCUGGACACGACUGAUUGGCGGUGGUGGAUCGGGUAUUAAGAUAAAAGGUGAUACUCUCUUGUUUCCAUUGGAAGGCACAAAAAAAGAGGAUGGGAAAGCCGUUUCGCUGAUUAUGUACUCCUCGGACACUGCGGGUUGGGUGGUAUCGAGGGAGAUGUCUGCCGACGGCUGCGGUGAUCCCUCCGUCGUGGAGUGGAAGGACAAACUCAUGAUGAUGACUGCGUGUGAUGAUGGCCGCCGCAGGGUGUACGAGUUUAAUCUAACGGAGUCGUGGACGGAGGCGCUCGGGACACUCUCGCGCGUGUGGGGCAACAAACACAAGGGAAAUAAGAAGGGCGUUGGGAACGGGUUUAUCACAGCGACGAUUGAGGACAGGGACGUGAUGCUCGUCACUCUGCCGGUGUAUUCCAAAAAAGGAGAAAAUGGAAAGGAAAAUGUGGAAAAGGGCAGACUCCAUCUUUGGCUGACGGACAAUACGCACAUUGUUUAUAUUGGGCCGGUGUCGGGGAAGGACGAAGAUGUUGCCGCCAGCUCCCUGUUGUACAAAAGCGGUAAAAUUGGUAAAAGUGAAACGAAUGGGAAGGAAGAGUUGAUUGCACUGUACGAGAAGAAGAAGGCCGAAGGGGAGAAACCAUCACCCGGUAUGGUUUCUGUGCGUCUGACUGCGCAGCUGAAGCGGGUGAAGGAGGUGGUGGCGACCUGGAAGGAAGUGGACGAACGUGUCUCUCAGCUGUGCACCACUUUACUUGCUCAGAAGGGUUUCUCAUCUGACAAUGCCUGCGGCGCUGAUAAGAUCACGGAUGGGCUGGUUGGCUUUUUGUCCGGCAACUUCUCUGAUGGCACAUGGAGGGACGAGUACCUCGGGGUGAACGCCACAGUAAAGAACGGUGCAGCAGGGGCAACAAAGACUUCCGAUGGUGUGACGUUCCGGGGAACGUGGGCGGAGUGGCCCGUUGGCAGUCAGGGGGAGAAUCAGCUGUACCACUUUGCGAACUACAACUUCACUCUUGUGGCGACGGUGUCCAUCGACAGGGUGCCGAAGGAAGAUACUCCCAUCCCUUUGAUGGGCGUGAAGAAGAUGAAUGGUGCCGGUAAGAAUAAAGUAUUCCUGGGACUGUCGUACAGCAACAAAAAUAAGUGGCAAUUGCGGUGCGGUGACGAAAAGACGACGGAGCUCAGCAGCAGUUGGAAGCCAGAGACAACACACCAAGUGGCUAUUGUGCUACAGAACGGCAAACAGGGCACCGCGUACGUUGAUGGUCAGCAUGUGGGUGUGGGUGCGUCGUGUGCAUUGGGAAGCACGGAAUCCCAAGAGAUCUCCCACUUCUACAUUGGAGGGGACGAACGCAGUGCAGGCGGCGCAGGGAGCAAAGAAGAAGUGUCAGUGACUGUGACGAACGUCCUGCUGUACAACCGCCCGUUGAGUACUGCGGAGAUGACUGCGCUUAAAAUGAAAAGCGUUAAUAUUCCAAAGCUGUAUCAUGCAAAAACAGAGCCGAGGGGUACUCCGUCUACUCCUGCCGGGCAACAGCCGUCGGAAUGGGGGCAUUUGGUGGGAAGCAGUAAAGAUGCGAGUGGUGGUGUGGAGGGGGCCGAUUCACAGAUCAGGGAAGUAAAUGCCACGGCACUCAGCAGCAACCUCGGAAAUGUGUCGCAAGAAAAUAACAGCGAUGCCGGCACCAUGCGUGGGAGCGGACUGCUGCCAUCGCUGCUGCUUCUGUUGGGACUGUGGGGGUCUGCGGCUCUCUGA